CAUGCCUACGCCAUUCUGCAUCUGUUUGUGACAACGGCGCGGAAGUUGAAUUAACAUAACAUGCUUCUAAACACAUUAUCAGGGAUAUACCGUUAGUGUUUGAACACCUUGUUCUGCAGAAAAGGACGGGAAAUAUCAAUAUCAGUAUAAAAAACAUUAUAUAUCUGCAAAAGAUAAGGAAAGGACUAUACUAACUCUGGCAUAGGGGAGGGGGUUACCUGAAUUCAAAUUGUAUUCACUGGGAAAAACUAGAGCUACAAACAGCUCGUUUACGAUGUUAAAAUUGAAAGUCGUAAUCAUUUUUAAUUAAAAUAUCCCCGAUAUCACGAUUCCCUUUGCGGUUCAUAUUAGAUGAAUUGUCAGACCGCGCUGAUCGGUUUGUAUUUUGUGAUUGGUAUAUUCCUCGUCCUGUGGGAGACAGACCCGUUCAGACACUGAGGGAGAGCAGAGAGGAGAUCUGAAGAGCAGAAAGGACACAUUCACUGAGGAGACGGUCAGAGCGAGUGACUGGAGCACUAGAGCCGUGCUGCACAUCCCACUGACAAUACCUGAAGACUGUCUUAUCCAGGUGAAAGCCAAGGAAAAAGAUUACAUUAAACAGGAGAUGCCUGUCCACUUUAAAGAAGAGACUGAACUGGAGCCUGUCCACAUUAAAGAAGAGACCGAACUGGAGCCUGUCCACAUUAAAGAAGAGACCGAACUGGAGCCUGUCCACAUUAAAGACGAGACCGAACUGGAGCCUGUUCACAUUAAAGAAGAGACUGAACUGGAGCCUGUCCACAUUAAAGAAGAGACUGAACUGGAGCCUGUCCACAUGAAAGAAGAGACUGAACUGGAGCCUGUCCACAUUAAAUUAGAAAAGAUUGAACUGCAGCCUGUCCACAUUGAUGAAGAGACUGAACUGGAGCAUGUCCACAUGAAAGAAGAGACUGAACUGGAGCCUGUCCACAUUAAAUUAGAAAAGAUUGAACUGCAGCCUGUCCACAUUGAAGAAGAAUCUAUUGACUUGUUUAAGGAUUCAGAAAACAUAUCCCAGCCACAGAUAUCACAACAAUGUACUGAAUGUGAGAAGAGCUUCAGUUCAUUAGGAUACCUAAAAAUACACCAGAGAAUUCACACUGGAGGGAAGCCAUAUCACUGUGCUGACUGUGGGAAGAGCUUCCGUCAGUUAGGAAACCUAAAAAGACACCAGAGAAUUCACACUGGAGAGAAGCCGUAUUACUGUUUUGAAUGUGGGGAGAGAUUCAAUGAGUCAGGAAACCUAAAAACACACUUGCGAAUUCACACUGGAGAGAAGCCGUAUCAGUGCUCUGACUGUGAGAAGAGCUUCCGUCGGUUAGGAGACCUAAAAAGACACCAGAGAAUUCACACUGGAGGGAAGCCAUAUCACUGUGCUGACUGUGGGAAGAGCUUCAGUCAGUUAGGAUGCCUUAAAAUACACCAGCGAAUUCACACUGGAGGGAAGCCAUAUCACUGUUCUGACUGUGAGAAGAGCUUCUGUCAGUUAGGAGACCUAAAAAGACACCAGCGAAUUCACACUGGAGCCAGCCUCCCUCCCUCCCAGUCCCUCACCUCUCCACCCUGCUUGUUUGAGUGCGUGGAGAGCUGUCUGAUUCCUUGUCUCUCUCUCACCCUGCAAUAAAUGAAGGGGGUCCCCAGGAGUGAGAGCCAGCAUGAUCCAGAGACACUGAGAAGGGGAGCGUGUCAAACUCAAGGAGACAGACCCAUUCUGCAGUGUGGAGUAGUGGUUAGGGCGCUGGACUCUUGACCAGAGGGUCGUGGGUUCAAUCCCAGGUGGUGGACACUGCUGCUGUACCCUUGAGCAAGGUACUUUACCUAGAUUGCUCCAGUAAAAACCCAACUGUAUAAAUGGGUAAUUGUAUGUAAAAAUGUGAUAUCUUGUAACAAUUGUAAGUCGCCCUGGAUAAGGGCGUCUGCUAAGAAAUAAAUAAUAAUAAUUCUUUCAGAAUGAACUGAAGAACCCUGGGAUUCAGCUCCACUCCUGCCCCUGAAUUAAAAAUGAAUCUCGCUCAUCAUGCUGUGGAUUUAAGACAGUUACAGGGUCAUUCUACUUAUAUGUGUGAUAUGAACCCAACACAUUAAGCUGCCAAUAACAUACAUCAUUUUUAAUGUAAUUUGAUGUAUUUGAGCUGCAAAUGGCAUUACUGUACCAGUGUGGGUGAGUACAGCAUAAGAUAAAGGAUUGAAUUGUUUAAAAUAAAUGAAAACUAAGAAUAUCUUCAUGGGUGUGGCAGCAAUGUGUGCUUCAUCUAACUAGAAUGGCCUCUAAGCUAUUGCACCAGUGCAAACACAAGCUGUGAAGCAAUGUUGUGCUUUUUAAUUAUGUGUUUUAUUUCAAGUGGUGCAAACCUUGCACUGCAGCAAAUGCUGUGUUGGUUUUGAAUGAAUUUGAAUAAAAAUGUGUAUAUCCAAUUAUUAUGACGUCCCCACAGUAGUAGAGCUGUAUAAAUAUACUGUAAAACAUGAAAGGUUUGCAAGCAAACUAUUUGAACAUUUUGCAUGUGUUAAAAAUCUGCAGAACCUACAUGCUGCAACAUUACCAUUAUUACUACAUUCAUAGUUUGUAAAGUUUAUGAAUAAUUGAUCGAAACAAUCUGCAGGAUGAAGUUGCCUCAGACUGUUUGACAGUAACAGAGCUGGUGCUUUUGUGGAAUCACCAUUAGCUGUUUAUUCCCUUUGGGUAAAAUAUGGCUUGUUUGCUUGUAUUUUUUAUUAGUAUGCUAUCAUUAGAAUGACCUUACAGUACAUAUUAAGGCAAGCUUAGCUAUUUAGAGAGAGUUUCAUUGAGUUUGAGAUCCUGUGCGUUUUCCAUUGUCUCUGUAUAUAAAGGGUGUGUGAGAAAUUCCUAGUUGUAAUUGAAUGUUCUUUGUAAAAUUACAUUUCAAAUCUUAAACUGAGACUUCAGAUGCUGUGAUGUUAAUUAAGUUUGUCUUCCUUCCCCAUAACGUUCUCUAGAUCUACUUCAAAGGACUAGAUAUUAGUAACAGGGUGGUAAAGAUUUCCAUUGGAGAAUAGUUUAGAUUCCCUGCUGUGCUGCCCUGCCUGUCUGGUAUAAACAAACAGAGCUGAUUCUUAUCUUUAAAUUAAGACUGUCUGAAAGCAAAUACACAACUUUCUUAAGAAGUGUGACACCUGGUGGACACGAGCUGUCAUCACUCUCCCAUGAAAUGAAUUAUCAUGAAACACUGAACAUUAAUGUGAAUAUAAUUCCUAAUUUCCUUAUCUAAAAGUGAAUUGAAAAAAAAAGCCUUUACGGGGGUAUAAUAUUAACUUGUUUAACAAUCUCUGGGUUUUAGAUUUACUAAAACUAUUAGAUUGAAAUGUAACAGAAGUAAAACUUACUGAUCAAUUGGUUUUAUUAUUUCAAUUACUAAUCUUGCACAUGCAAGUUUAAGAGUUGUUUAAGUGUGUUUUCCCAAUAAAAUUGAAAGGUUUAUUGCAUUUAAAUAA